AUGGUCCUUCUAAUCAAGUACGCUCGCGCCAGUGCCCUGCUGAUGGCUGCUGUAAGCGCCACUCCACAACACCCGACAUACCCCGAGGAAGACAAGAGCUCCUCCUACGCCGUUACCUCCUACCCGGCUGUGACGGAGAGCUCCUCGACCUACUCGACCACCACCUCGACCAGCACUGAGGAGGAGUGUGAGUGCACUGAUGAGGAGACGUACCCAGCCACCAGUGUUUACCCUUCUAUCAGCACUUCGGCCUCUGUGUAUCCCAUCACGUCGAGCUAUCCCGUCAGCUCUACCAGCUCCGAGGAGGACGACUGCCCCCCUGAGGAGACUGAGUCCUACCCUGCCACCUACCCUGCCACCUCGGUCUACCCGACUGUGAGCGAGAGCUCAUCAGCCGCCUACCCCACGGUGCCAUCGCCUGGCAACGGAACUACAGGAGUCUACCCUACUGUCUCUGCAAGCUCGCCUGCCUACCCAACGAGCUCUGAUGAGUACAGUGCCACUCAGCCGCCUUACCCCUCGGGCAACACUACUACAGCUGUCUCCCCUACCACCACUAAGGGUGACGAGUACCCAACCGGUUACACCACCUCCAGCGUGACUAGCACCAUUGUGUCAACGAUUACCUCUUGCGCACCGGAAGUGACGGACUGCCCCGGAAACCCUGAGCAACCGUACGUUACCACUGUGAUCACGGAAUACCUCACCACCUGCCCAGUUUCCGAAGUGAACCCUACCACCACCCAGGGUGGCCAGUACCCGACUGGUUACACCACCUCCAGUGUAACUAGCACCAUCGUCUCGACCAUCACUUCUUGCGCUCCGGAAGUGACGGCCUGCCCCGGAAACCCUGAGCAGCCGUACGUUACCACUGUGACCACGGAAUACGUGACGACUUGCCCCGUUUCCGAAGUGACCCCGACCACCACUGCGGGCGGCGAGUACCCAACCACCACUGAGGUCGGCCAGUACCCAACUACCACUCAGGGAGGCGAGUACCCGACUGGCUACACCACCUCCAGUGUGACCAGCACCAUCGUCUCGACCAUCACGUCUUGCGCCCCAGAGGUGACAGACUGCCCCGGCAAACCCGAACAGCCGUAUGUUACCACUGUGACCACGGAAUACGUGACCACCUGCCCAAUUUCUGAAGUCUCCACCAAGGUCUACCCGAGCGCGACCGGAGGUGUCGAAUAUCCCACCACCACGGAGGGAGGUGAAUACCCGACCACGACUGAGGGCGGCGAGUACCCUACCACCACUGAGACAGGUGAAUCCCCAACGACCACCUCGGAAGUUUACCCCACCACCGCGGCCACCUCGCCUUCGGUCUCGGACACUGUCGUCACUCUCCCCACCGAGACUAUCCCCACUGAGUCAGCGUCCGUCACUUACCCUGUGACUGUCCCGUCGUCCUCAGGUACCGUCGCUACUCUUCCCACCGAGUCGGCGCCCGCCACCUACCCCGUAACUGUCCCCUCAGUCUCAGGCACCGUCGCUACCCUCCCCACUGAGUCGGGCCCCGUCUCUUACCCGGCGUCCAGCCCCUCUGCGUCGGGGACAGUCAUCACUGUUCCCACCCUGUCGACCUCUGCCUACCCGACGACUGCUGAGUCCUCGGCCGCAGCCGCCACUUCGUCGGCCCCCGCCACCACCAGCGUCGUCACUGCCGGUGCUGCCGUCGUUGGCCGAUCAGGUGCUACUGGAGCCCUUGCGCUCUUCGGCACUUUCCUCCUGGCUCUGUACUAA